UCUCCUCUCUCUCUCUCUUUCGCAAGCUCUGUUUCUAAGGGAGAAGUGAGAGGCGGAGAAAGACUGAAACUUUUUUGUUUGGGUUUAAAAGAAAUAAAGACUGAAACUUUGUCUUGGAUUCAUCCUCAGCUUCUUCCGGUGUCCAAUGGCGAGCUGGGUAUUGUCUGAAUGUGGCAUCAGACCCCUUCCCAGAAUCUACACCACCACACCCAGAAACGGUUUCACCUCAAACAACAUACCCACUUUCAAAUUCAGACCACAACCUCUCCACCAUUCGAGCAAUUCAGUUCUAUCGUCUUGUCUGAAAUCCCCAAAUGGGUUUUUGAAAACGAGGAACUGGGCACUGAAUGUGAGUGCACCUUUGACAGUUCCUUCCCCAUCGGAGGAACAAGAUACGAACACACAGAGAUUGGUGGAAGGUGAUGGGUUUGAUCCAGGAACUGCUCCGCCGUUCAAUUUGGCGGACAUAAGAGCAGCAAUUCCGAAGCAUUGUUGGGUUAAGAAUCCAUGGAAGUCGAUGAGUUAUGUCGUGAGAGAUGUUCUUGUCGUCUUCGGAUUGGCCGCUGCUGCUGCUUACCUUAACAAUUGGCUUGUGUGGCCUCUUUAUUGGUUUGCUCAAGGAACCAUGUUCUGGGCUCUCUUUGUUCUUGGCCAUGACUGCGGACAUGGUAGCUUCUCAAAUGAUCCUAAGCUUAACAGUGUAGUGGGUCAUCUCCUUCAUUCCUCAAUUCUGGUUCCUUACCAUGGCUGGAGAAUCAGUCACAGAACUCAUCACCAGAACCAUGGCCAUGUCGAGAAUGACGAGUCUUGGCAUCCUUUGCCUGAGAAUAUAUACAAGAAUCUGGACAAAGCGACCAGGAUCUUGAGGUUUACACUGCCUUUCCCCAUGCUCGCUUACCCUUUCUACUUGUGGAGCCGCAGUCCCGGGAAAAAAGGUUCUCAUUUCCACCCGGACAGCGACUUGUUCCUCCCAAAAGAGAGGAAAGAUAUCAUAACAUCUACCGUCUGUUGGACUGCAAUGGCUGCUCUGCUUGUGUAUCUCAACUUUGUGAUGGGUCCAGUCCAAAUGCUCAAACUCUACGGCAUUCAUUACUGGAUAUUUGUGAUGUGGUUGGAUUUCGUGACUUACCUGCACCACCAUGGCCAUGAGGAGAAGCUCCCUUGGUACCGCGGUGAGGAAUGGAGUUAUCUAAGAGGAGGGCUCACAACGCUUGAUCGCGACUAUGGAUGGAUCAACAAUAUCCACCAUGAUAUUGGAACUCAUGUGAUACAUCAUCUUUUCCCGCAGAUCCCACAUUAUCAUCUAAUAGAAGCGACCGAAGCAGCUAAACCAGUACUAGGGAAGUAUUACAACGAGCCGAAAAAGUCUGCACCUUUGCCGUUUCACUUGUUGGGAAGCCUCGUAAGAAGCCUGAGACAGGAUCAUUUUGUCAGUGACACAGGAGAUGUUGUAUACUAUCAGACAGAUCCAAAACUCAGAGGAGAAUAAAUAAGAGCCUGACAACAUAAUGAAGCCAAGCAGAAAGAAAUAUAAGACUCAUCAGAGAAUGAAUAUCAUAUAUUCUGACCUUGAUCGGAUUUUCCCGCUGUCAUCCAUUCAGGGGGUCAAUUCAUGGCACCCCCAUCUCCACUGUUAGAACAUCGAUAUUCAGAUUUUUAUUCAAGUAAAAAAAAUCAAUACAGUGCAUUUUAUUCA